CCCACGAAGAAGUUCUACUCUCAAGGAAGUGAUGCCCCUGGAAGAUAGCCUACUGUAGGUGAAAAGUGACAGAUGAGCUAUUCUGUUUGUAAGAGCCCAGUUUCUUUCUUUUAUUCUCACAAGACUAUGGAAACUACACAGACUGAGACAUUCCUUAUCACUGGAGGAGGAGGAUAUUUUGGCUUUCGUCUUGCAUGCAAACUUUACAAUGAGGGAGGCAAAGUUGUUCUGUUCGAUGUGCAGCCUCCAGGCCAGGAUUUACCAGAGGGCAUGGUGUUCCACCAGGGAGACAUUCGCGAUUAUAACCAGGUGCUGAAGGUAGUCUGUGGAGUAGAUUGUGUAUUUCACCUUGCCUCUUAUGGUAUGUCAGGGAGAGAACAGUUAAAUCGACAACUGAUUGAGCAGGUGAAUGUGAAAGGCACUGAGAAUGUCCUCAAAGCCUGUAUAGAGUGCAGUGUUCCCAGACUAGUGUACACUAGCACCUUUAAUGUGGUCUUUGGUGGCCAAGUCAUCGAGGGAGGGGAUGAAACUCUUCCGUACCUGCCUCUCCACCUCCAUCCCGAUCAUUAUUCUAGGACUAAAUCCCUUGCAGAGAUGGAGGUUCUCAAAGCCAAUGGCACUGCGCUAACAAAUGGCUUGGGUGUGAUAAGAACCUGUGCCCUGCGCCCAGCUGGGAUAUAUGGCCCCGGAGAACAGAGACACCUGCCAAGAAUUGUGGGCUACAUUGAGAGUGGCAUCUUCCGGUUUGUGUAUGGCGAUCCUAGCAGCCUGGUGGAAUUUGUUCAUGUUGAUAACCUGGUGUCAGCACAUGAAUUGGCAGCCAAGGCCUUGACAAAAGGGCAGGGAUACUGCGCCGCUGGACAGCCCUACUUCAUAUCUGAUGGCAAGCCUGUAAACAAUUUUGAGUUCUUUAGACCUUUAGUGGAAGGUUUGGGGUAUACGUUUCCUAAAGUGCGUUUGCCUGUGUCUCUGAUAUAUUUCUUUGCAUUCCUCACUGAGAUGGUUCAUCACCUAGUGGGUCCCAUCUACAACUUUCAGCCUUUGCUCACUCGUACAGAAGUCUAUAAGACUGGCGUGACCCAUUAUUUCCGAAUGGAGAAGUCCAAGAGAGAGCUGGGGUAUGAGCCUCAAGAGUAUAACAUGGAGGAAGUUGUGAACUGGUUCAAAAGUAAAGGCCAUGGCAAAAAACAAAGAGCUUCCUCAACAAAACGGUUCAUCUUGGAUGUGUUAAUCAUAGUUGCCUUUGUAGCUGUGAUACUCUCAUACCUUCCUGUUGUGGGACAGUGAGUUUUACAUUUGACAAAAACCAAGAAGUUUUUGUCCCAGGCACAGCAAAGCAUCCAUGCAUGCAAACUCAUUCUACAUAGUGUACAACUUAAAUAGACUGGGAGUAUUUCUAUUUUGCUGUUUCCAAGACAUUUGUUCUCCUUGGAUAAACUGUAAAGAUCUGUUAUGGGGCAUGACAUUUUCUGACAAAUUUCAAAACCUUGAACAAAAUGUAUAGCUACCUCUUUUUAAUCUGGUGAUUUCUCCAUCAGCUCAAAUGUUUACAUGUUUUAAGGUGUUUAUGGUAUUAUUAAACAUCACUAACACUUAAAGAAUAAACAUUUUAAUUUCUUCCACAUUCUUUUUUUGUAUCAUUUUAUCAUUCAGCAUUCUUAAUAGCCUUUAGUGUAAUAUUGGAUAUUGAUUUGAUAUUGAUUAUUUUGGAUAAAAUAAUUGAGAAUCAAAUGAAAGCAAAAUGGCUACAUUUCGAUCUGCGAGCAAGAUUAUCUGGAUUUUUUUUUUGUGGUCAAUAUUAUGUGCGUAGGACCGCAGUGUUUGGAAAGGGGUGAUGAUGGUUCAUCUAGGCCUUUAUGUACAGGUUUAAAUUCAGAGAUGUGCCUGUUUUGUGAAACAAUAACUGUAUGUCUAUCAAUAAAAAUAACUUACAGAAA